CUAUGAGGUUCCGGUUCUGUGGUGAUCUGGACUGUCCUGACUGGGUCCUUGCUGAGAUCAGCACACUGGCCAAGAUUUCUUCCGUGAAGUUGCGGCUGCUGUGUGGCCAGGUGCUGAGGGAGCUUCUGGGACAGGGGCUCGAUUAUGAAAAGAUCCUGAAGCUCACGGCUGAUGCCAGGUUUGAGUCGGGUGAUGUGAAGGCCACCGUGGCAGUGCUCAGCUUCAUACUCACCAGCGCUGCCAAGCACAAUGUAGAUGGCGAAUCUUUGUCCAGUGAGCUGCAGCAGCUGGGGCUCCCCAAAGAGCAUGCUGCAGGCCUGUGCCGCUGCUACGAGGAGAAGCGAAGCCCCUUGCAGGAGCACCUAAGGACCUGUAGCCUACGUGUGAACCAGCUGGCCAGCGUGGGCUGGCGUGUGGAUUACACACUGAGCUCCAGCCUGCUACAGGCUGUGGAGGCACCUAUGGUGCAUUUACGGCUUGGACUGGCAGCUGCCCCGGAUGAGCCUGCCCAGUCUGUUGCUGUGUCUCUCUCCACUGACAAAUUCCAGGUCCUCUUGGCAGAGCUGAAGCAGGCCCAGACCCUGAUGGGCUCCCUGGGCUGAGGCGUGGAGUGCUUGGUCUUGCGCGGAGCUUCAUGACCUGGUGCAGAGUCACUGCCCUCUGAACUCUUCUCAUGUUGGCACCCCUGUUCCAGCGUCCUGGUUCCUGUUGAAGAUUCAUGCAGGGAUCCUGAAGAUUUCUCUGAUGUUAUCUUUCUCCUGUACAGCCACUGGUGGUGGUUCUCCUGGCAGAUAGGUUGGCUGGGGAGGUGGCUUGGUGGUAAAGCACGUGUGGUGCAUGCAGGAGACCUCAGGCUUGGUCCUGACACGACACACGCAUACGCAAACAGAACAUGCUAACUCCCUACUCCUUCCUAGCUCCUGAUAACCGAAAGCAAAUAAACCUGAGUUAAAGGAUGCGUAAAUAAA